GCUUGGCGGGCUAGAGGGAGAUAGCAUCCGCCGUCCCCCUCGCACUUGCGGUGCGGUUGUCAUGUCGAUUAACCGUCCGCCGGGCCACGUUUCUUCCAUUUUGUUUUGAAUCGUCACAGCGUACACGACUAACACGACUGGGAAAAGUAAAACAUGGUUAUCAAACGUGUCAGUGUAUCUUCGAAUUACUAAUGGAUUGCGUGGUGAAUUUUAGUUUUAGGAAAGCAGUAAAAGGAUAAAGCAAAAUGUCGGAGCUGGACAAAUUCAAGCGGCGUAUCAUCCGCUCGGUGGCGCGUCUCCUGCUUAAGGAGAAGAAGCCUCCUGAAGAACUAUGGAAAGAAAUGAAAAAGGAAACCGGCUCGGACUGCCGUACUCUAUGGGAGCGAAUGCGAGCGUUAUGCGUGAAGAAGCUAAAUCGUAUGAUAGCAGUCGACGAUCGGUCGGCCAAUCUACCAAACAUCGCUCGACUAUCCCUCACCGACUGGUUACUGGUGGACCUCGUGUUGGUGCACGAGGAGAUAGACGUUAUUGCUAUGGAUAAGCCUGAUAACAAGGAAUACCCAGCCCUAAUAGAACUAUUCAGCUUAGUACAACGAUUCGACAUUGAAGGGCGCUCCGGGGAGCCGCUAGCGGAGGCCUGGGCCGCCGCCACCGUCUACUACAAUCGACAAGGCCGCCAAUGCUCCCCAAUGCUACUCCAACGCCGCUGGUACCAGCUGAAGAAACUCACCCGCUGCCGCUUCUACAAGUUUUGGUUCUCGUAUAAGGGCAACACCCGUCUUCUAGAGGAAGCUAGAAAGUCUAUGCCUUCCAGACUGCAAAUGGCUAUCGCUAAGAGAUACCCAGAAGUAAUAACGAAGGAGUAUCCAGAUUGGGAGGAAUUAAUAGAAAAACGUUUUGUCAUAAUGCCUGAGGAAUUUGAAGCUAAAAUGAGGAUGCCCAACUUACCGAAACCUUGCAACUCCAAUGCUCCAGAUCUAGUGGUUGUGGAGCCCGUAAUCGAGACCAUAGACCUCCGCUUAGAAUCAGACCCAGAAGAUCAAAACGAUGAUGAUAUGGAGGAUACGUCUGAUCCGGAAAGGAGCAAUGAUGCAACUGAUAUAACUCAUCCAGCUACUGAAGAGGAAAUUCCAGUUGCCGGAAACGAAAACUCAGUUACUGAAGAGGAAAUCCCAGUUGCCAAAGAAGAAAACCCAGUUACUAGAGAGGAAAUCCCAGUUGCCGAAGAAGAAAUCACAAUAAAUGACGAAGCUUCAGGGAUACAAGUCAAAGCAGAACCCAUGGAAGAAGACGGCUUAUCAAAUGUACAGCUCAUUUCUGCUACGCAUGUCCCAGAAGUUGAAAUAACAGACGAUAGUCCAGAUGAAACUCCUGAGGUUGCGUCUACUAAUUUAGAUGAAAUUGUAGUAAAAUCUGAGGUGAGUCAAAUGGAAACAAUCCCAGAUGAUGACGAAGAUGAUCUUAUAGAAAUACCAAGUGUUACUCCUGUAGUAGAACUAUCUCCUGAAAAAAAUGUACAAAGAAAAACAGCGGAAAUACCAAGUAACAACGUACCAUUUGACGUGGACAUUAUAAAUGACAGGGAUGACGCUGUUGAUGACAUAAUAAAAGUUAAAGCAGAUGAGUACUGCCGCAAAAAGAAUGAAGUUCAUGUUGAAAAAAACAAUGCAAUAGAUGAUUUGAUAAAAGACAAAGUAGAGACGUACCUUAAGAUGCCCAAAGAGGCUAUAUCACUUAGUGAUAAGAAACCUGAUGUUGACUCUAUUGACUUGAAAAAUAAAGCAAACGUAGCCGCUAUAGAUUUAAUGGCUGAUUUAAACUUCGUUGAUGACGGCAUUGAAUUUGUUGAUGAUGGCGUUGAAUUUAUAGAAGAAGAUCACGCACAAACUAUUGAAUCCACGACGAACAUACCUCCUAGUAAAUCAAUUGAAGACAAUUCACCUGCAGUUGAACAAAUUAAAGGAGAGGACGAUGAAAGCAACAAAUUUGACUUAAAACUAUUAAUGUAUCCUGUAGUCUAUACUACCAAGUUAGACCAAAUGAAAACGUUCAAAAACAAAGAAAUUGAUUCAGUAAAAGGUAUGGAGGAUAUAGAAAUGGCGGGCAUUGAGAGUAAACCAGUCAGUAAUAAAUCACUUGAUAUUAAAAUAAAAGAGGAAAAUGUGAUAAGUACUGCAGAAGACACAUCAGACAGUGAUGAUCUUUUUACCAAUCGAGAAGUAACUGACGAUGAAGACUCAGAAGAAGAUAUAAUGGUGUCGCCGAGUAGCUAUAUGCUGAAGAAACCCAGAAUUCGCACUUACGAUCCUAUAAAACUAUGCAAAAAUCCUGAUUUCAACACGAAACUUAAAAGAUUGACUAUAGGUUUUCUGAGUUCUACAAGAAAUCGACAGUUCCUCAAUGCUUGUAUACCAAUGACAAUAGAUUUAAGUAAAGCUUUUGAAUCAAAAGUAGUAAAUGGCACAUUGUAUUUAAAAUCCAGUGGUACAACUCCAAUUGUAGAAAAACAGGAAGGAAAAGAAAAGCAAGCGUCUUCGAUUGUCCCGACCGCGAUGCCCGUACAAAGUCUCAUUGAUAAUUCAAAAGUGGAUAUUCAAAAAUUGAUUCCACAUCCAUCCCCUAUAGUCUCUGAAAGGACAAAAGUUAUAAAUUUACCUGAUAUUGACAAAGUUAGGAGAAUAAACCAACAGUUGCUUACUGCUCAAGUGCCACCACUUAGGGUUUUUGCUGGCAAUAGUAGAGCUAUUAAUCCACAAGAAGUUAAUCCAACAGUUUCAACUGUCCCGAGCAUAGAACCUGUACAACCAGUGGCUGAUUCCAUCUCCAUUCAAAAUACCGUGCCUAAAAUAAAAAUUGAGGGCGAAAAAAGCGAACAUGACAGUUUGCCUACAGAAACCUUACCACCGGCUAAAGAAAAGCUGUUAAAGAUGAUCAAUCAGGCGAAAAUCUUAACUAAAGAAGCACUAGACAAAAUUGACGACGCCACAAAGCCAAAUGAUUUUCCAAUGCCGAUUGUAGUACAAGAAGUAAAAAACAACAUAUCCCAAGAAGUACCAACCAGAAAACACCAUUAUCAGCCUCGAGUGCCACUACCGUGGGCACCAAAACAUGCAGUACUGACUAAAAAUAACUUUGACGAUUUUGGCCUGCUAACGUCAGAUACGUUAAACAAAAUGUUGCAUUUACUGACGAGUGGUAAACAACCCGAUGGUUGCAAAUGCUGUAAUAUACCGAAGAAAAAGAAAAAGAAAGCGAAAUUUAAGAAAAACGAAGACCAACAAAAAGACUCUGACAACUCAGACUCAGUGCAGGAAAUCGAUAAAGAAGACGAAAAUAAAAAAAGUGAUAUUGCAGUUGUAAAACAAGCCCCAAAACAAACGACCAAAGUGGUACCCGUAUCUAAAGUGGUAAAAACGAAAUUUUGUUGCUGGGCGAAUCAAAAACUUAAUAACCGUAGACGUAACUCCAAGCACUUGUGUCCUCCUAACCCCUGCCAAUGUUGCUGUGCGGAUAAACUGGUCCAAAAAAUUCAGGCAGACGAGGAAGCAAGGAGAUUAAAAAUGAUGGCGAAAACUGUAGUUGAACUAUCAGAUGACGAGGAAGACAGUCUGAGGAAAGCUUGCGAAUCGAUUGAGACUGUUGUGCAACAAUCAGCUCUACUAACAGAUCAAGCUAAGGACAGAACUUCUGCAUUCUCGGCUGUGUCUGUGGUGGACAAAAUACCUGUUCCAAUUGUGAACGUGGUGCAGAGGUCACCUGAUGUUCCAACUAUGGCCGUGGUGGACAGUGCACCUGAUGUUCCAAAUGUGACCGUGGUUUCACCUGCAAAGCCCUCAACACCAUCUAUUAAUGUUGAAGUAGUCGCACCAUCUAUUUCUAAAGUAACUAUAGAUUUGGGUGUCAAUGCAAAUGAAAUUAAAGAAACACCAACCACGCCAACAAAACCUUACAUGAAAAUAAGAGCCGCGCCAAUUGCAUCUUUAAUGCCAGCCGAUCGACCCGCAAUCAGACCGAUAAGAAAUCGGCCGACAAUACCGCAAAUCAAUCCAGUAACUGUCAACAGGGUACCUCUACAAAGAGUACAAAUACAUUCACAGCGAAAACCUUCCCAAUGGGCCACUUGCUCCUGUCAGAGGCCUGCCCUCAGUCAAGACAGUCGGCGGAACAUAGUGAUAGACGCGUCCACACAGUGUGCCAUUCAUCCGACGCCCAUCGCACCCAAACAAGUUGUGAGUCCCCAGAAAACUGAUGCAUCACUUCAGAUCCCAGAAACACCGAAAGAGAAGAUUUUAUAUCUACACAGUAAAAGUUUAGCCAAAAGCCCAUCGGAAAGCCCAAUAUUUUUGGGCAAAAACAAAAUUUUAUUGACCACUGUUAAAUUUCCGCGAAAGAACGACGACGUUGGUCCACCAACCGAAGUUUUUCAAGCUCCUAAAGUUAUCCCAACUUUGCCCUUGCCUGCUGGCGUACAGUUAGUGCUGAUGCCUUCAGGUAAUGUGACGUACACUGUGGAUCCGGGCGUUGAGUUAGAUGAAGCACAGUUGGCAGCGUUACCCACGAUUUUAGCAGCAGUGCAAGAACAGCUUAAUGCUUCAGGCGUUACUUCUUCGCCGACCGGAGAUGUUGAACCAGUAACAACUGUUACGCAGCCCGAAACAACUGGUUCUGAAAACAUGAACUUGUUACAAAGCGAUGAAACUGCGGAGAUACUUCAAGCCGAUAGUAAUAUUAAUGAACUUACUGACACUCCUGAAACAUUAGAAACGAACGAAGUAUUCCAAGACAUAGAACUGCCGCCAAAAAAUACUAAUAACGUAGAUAUGGAAGUCGAUGCUCAGAGUACAAAAGCAGAUACGCCAACCAAACAGGAUACAUCUACUACUACUAGUACCAGCGAUUUAGAAAAAGAAUCUGUUCCCAUGACUAAUGAUACGGUAAAUGAAGCUACAGUUGAUGCUGAAGCACCAAAAAACAUUACUGAACCACUUGCGUCUGCUCAAACAGCGCCGGUUAUUGAAGAGUCACAAAGUGAAAAACAAACUCUAGAAAUCCAAAGUGUUGCAGAAGAUAAAGUAGCACCUGAAGUAACUCAAGAGAAUCAAAGUGUAACAGAAGGAAAAGAAGAUGGCAUUAGCAAUAGAAAAAGUUUGCUAUCGGACUUGAUGGAGAUGUCGGGAAUAUCUGCAGAAGAUACCACGGCGCCUGAUCCACCGGCUCCCGAACCUCCUCUCAUAGAUCAAGUAAAUGAUGAAUCGAGGAAUCUGCCCGAACUCAGUCCAGUGACAUCUUUUGCUGAGCUUAAAUAUGCAUGCGAACACAAUGGCAAGUUCUUUAAACUAGACUUUGACACGGGAGUUAUAGUACCUAUUAAUGUUUGUAUCAAAAAGAAUCCUAAAACUAAGACAAGUCCUACUAAAACAAAAGAAUUCAUCGAUUUGACUGAAGAUGUUGAGAGUACGGAUGUUGACAACUCUGGGACCCAAGAUACUCUAAACAAAUCUACUGAAUCUACUAAUGAUCGACCACCUGGCUCUUCAUUAUUGAAAGAGCCUGUCGAAUAUUUAUAUAAUGGUAAGACUGUUAACGUUUCGAGUAGUAUAGUAAAACCUGUCAAAUUAUUUAAAGCUUUUCACCCUACGCCGAAGGUACCGCGGGUUCUAAAAGCUGGUCCACGAACAGUCCCAUCUUAUAACUCUCCAAGCCUAUUAACGCGAACACAUGUAGAAAAGAGAAAACAGAAAUUUACAAUAGUAGCAGCGAAGGUUGAAGCUAAAAUCGAUUUGGUCGAUUCUGAUGAGCCAAUGGAGGAAGAAUAUCUAGUAGACAGUUCUGACGAUGACAAAUCUGAUGAUGGUACAGGAGCCGAACCAAUUCUAGUUGAAGCCUUGAACACUUCACUAUUAGAUGAUUCUUCAGAUGAUGAACCUCUAGCUAAGAAAUCUAAACGUUUAAAGGAAGCAGAUGAGAAAGAAGUCAGAGAAACGAAUAUAUUUGAUGAAAUUCCUGAUGCAGCAAGUCCUGAUGAACUGACAAAUGAUGUGAACGAUUUGGUAGAGCAUAUAGAAACUGCAGCAUUUACUGGUGGAACUGAUCACAUACAACAAAUUAGUGUGAAAAAAGGCGUAGUUCCUACAAGCAGUAAAAAGGAUACAUCUGACAGUAAGACAGAUAAGCCUCAGGCAAAUAUAAGAGGAAUCCUUGAACCUAAUGUCAUUGUCAGGUCUCAAGGCCCAAUAAUAGAAAUCAAGGUUCACAAUCCAGUAGACAACCAGUCAGACGAUGAAGAAAUAGAUAAAGCGCCUCCAGAACUUAGAUUCUUGUCUGAUCACAGCGAGGACGGAGACGGGGAUGAGGACUGCAUACUAGGAUUCUGAAUUUAAACCACAGCUGAAAUAGUCGGUUAGGUUAGGUUAGUCCCAGGCGAAGUCGCGGGCAAAAGCUAGUUUAAUAUAAGUGACGUUUAAAAUAACACUUGCACAGUUUGUGCUAUCAAAAUCGCUGCCGAGUUAGCUUGAUCUGACUAGCACCUAUUACCUAUUAUUUAUUAUUCUAUUUAUUAUUAUAUUAUCUACUACGGCUGUCAAUCUUAGACUUUACAAUGUUACAAAACUACUGGCGCCAUUUUAACAUUUAUAUCAUUUUUCAAUAAUUAUGUAUGUUUUAUAAAUUUUAUAAUAUUUUUCACAUAGCUUGGGUUGGGUACGGUGACAGUUGUAGCCUCCAUACAAUUUAUAACCUUAAAACGCAAAUUGUAUUGAGACGGCAGUUGUCACCGUAUCUACUCGUAAGCUAUGUGAAAUUAUAAUAGGGUCGGCGCCACACAAAUAAUCUUCUAUUCCGAUAACUGUGAUUUACACAAAAUUUAUACAUACAUCAGGACAUCACUAAUACGAGUAAGCCACAUUAGGUUCUCAAAGUGAAUUUACUAUAUAUUUUUAUUGAACAGUAGGAUAGUUGUGACUGUAUUUAAUUUGUCUGUGAUAUUAUCCUGGUAUUAGGAUCUCUUAAUGUAUCUAGUAUAAAACCUAAUAGCUGGUAGAAUGCGGUAAUACCUACUUGUAUGUAUUACUUUCUCAGUGUAGGGGUCAUUAUUUAUAUCCUUUUUUCAGGACAGUUUCUACUGAGAGGGAUAGAGAAAAGUGUAUAUUCUUUGACUGUCCUAUAAAAAGGUUAGACGUAGAUUAAGUUUUUUAUUGUAAUGUGUUGCAUUGCAUUAUACGUGCAAGUAUUCGAAUUAGGUACCGUCGACCCUGGGGGUGAAUAGGGACAAAACUUAAAAUGUGAUUUGCACAAAUUGUAUUAUUCGGUUGAAAAUAUUAAUAGAUUGGUUUUGUAUUAGGUAUGGGUUUUUUGUUGGUAUAUUUUUAAAGAAAUUGUCAGGUAAAUCACAUGUGUUUUGUCCCUAUUUACCCCAGCCAUCCCUAUUCACCCCGCGGUUGACGGUAGUCUACCACUCAAUGGGGUUGGCCGGUCGAAGUUUUGUACAGAUGGCGCUAGCAUAGGUUUUACCUUUUAAUCUUACGAAUAGUGUCAAAUUCUUGUUUUUUUUUUCAUAAAUAGCAAACAACUAUAUUCAGGUAAAACCUUAUGCAGGCGCCAUCUAUAAAGGCACUUGACAGUUGCCAACUCAAGUUUGUAUUUGUUUUCACAUAUAAAGACCUUAAGUAACAAUUACUUUUAGUUGUGAAUUUCUGGUGAUUUUAACGCAGGUACCCUUAUUUAAUUGGUUUUGGAACGAUUGUUAAUUUAAUAUUCCAAAUUGAUAAGAUGUAGGUAAAGGUAAUACAUAAAUCUCUCCUUUCAUCCUUAUUGUCUUUGUGCUCGGGACUUUAAAUACGAGCAUUAUAAUUUAACUAGAAAUUAUCAAUUUUACAGAAUGGCAAAGUAUAGGUAUUUAUUUUAGGAAUAGGUACUUUUCUUACUUUAAUUACAUGUCUUUAUCAAAAUGUCCUUAAAAAUUAAAACUACAAUCAUUCAACUAAAAAACAAUACGUAUUACUUUCAAAAUAUUCAGCUUUAAGCUUUGAUACACAAACUCAUUUGUUAAUAUUAUUUAUCAACAAAAUGGCGCAGUAAACGUUUUUGGCAACGUAUUUGGGCCACCGUGCCUGUAGUAACCUAGUAACUGAUGAGGUCGGCCAAUUUCUUAGUCCAAUGUGCAUACUGCAUUGGACAGGUGGAAUACUAAUACGACCCUGACUAUACUAGCAAAGAGCCUCAAGCUGAAUGAUACCAUGUACUUACGGCUAUUAAUCUGUAAAUAUGGUUUUUUUUUCUCAGCAGAUUGGAUUAUACUUAUUAUGUUAUAAAUAUCUGUAGGCCUUGGUAUAGUAUAAUAAAGUAAGACACAUCUUUGUAAUAGCUAUAAGUAGUUUGUUAAAGGACUGUCUCAUUUCAAAUAAAGACAGAGAGAAUCAUACUAUCAUUGUCUUACACUAGUACUAGCACCCAAAACAGAAAAGGAUGAGUAUAGUUUUUUUGUUCUUAUUUACUGACAAUCUGGUUUGACCAACUAUACAUCCAUCUUUUCUUUAUCAAAGGUCAUUUUGGCUACUUUUUUUUUGUUCUCUGUGUUACCUUUUAUCGUAAUUAACCAGAUUUGAGAUAUUUUAAGUCAGGAUCGUGUUUAAGUUAAGCAUUUAAUAUUAAAUGAGCGAAUAAAGCUGUUGUGAAGA